AUGGGGAGACUCUGCGCUACGACGGGCGAAGACCAAUUUGGGAGACUGCCAGUGGAGAUACGAUUAAUGAUCUACAAAGACCUUCUCAUUGCCCCUAUACCGAUAUUCAGAGGCGUUGAAUCGUUCGGUAGGUUGCGAAAGGCAGAGUACGAGCCAAAGUCCAAGAUGAUCUUGUCUACCGGAAUCCUGUCAACUUGCCGCCGAUACUACUAUGAAGCCGUGAGCAUCUUGUACUCCCGAAACCGGAUGAUCUUUUGCACCGGGUUCGGUGGCUCCUCCGGAUGGUUCGAGCGUUUCCCAAUCAGCCGUAAAUACAUGCCUUUUCUCAAGGAUAUCGGUGUCUACUUUCGAGUCACCGACGCGGACGCUACUGCAUCCUCUCGCGUGGGACAUUUCCUCCGGGCUCUGGGACGACGAGCGCCGAACUUACAUCAUCUCGUAAUUUGCGCAGCCUCAGAUCGAUACUACGAAGCCGUAUGCCCUAUAGACAUCAUGUUCUAUAGCCCACAGCAUCCCGUCGUCUCCGCAAUUCUCAGCAUUGUUGCUCGAAAAAACGUUCAGCAUCUCAAGUUACGCGUACAUGAUGAUGCAGGCUAUGCUCCGUAUGUUCUUGAGCGGAUCAAUUCCGUUUUCGAAAAACAUCAUCCCAAGCCAGGUGCGACGCUCACCUUUUCGCGAUCGUGUUCCUCUCCGGAAAACUGUUCGUUUCACGCUCAAGAGGGCUGUCAAGUCUGUGGUAAACCACGUGCAAAUAACAACAUUGAGGACUGGCCUGUGGAUGACACUGCCCUCUACUACGACUGGUGUGAGCCCGACGCAGAGCGGCUGAUGGAGCUGGUGGAUGUACUCGAGGAGCAGGAACGCCGCCACAAUAACGAUGAGGACGACGAUGAGGACGACGAUCAGGAC